AUGCAGUUUGUAUCCUGGGCAGUGGGAUUACUACUCAUGUUACCCGUGUGGGAUCUUUUGGAGAUGACCCUGCAGGCGGCAGCGCUCUCGAAAACGAAACUGCACCCGCGACAAGUUAAACUGUUGGAGAGUCUGAGUGAAUAUGAGAUCGUGUCUCCCACCCGAGUAAAUGCCCUCGGAGAAGCUUUUCCCACGAACAUGCACUUCAAAAGAAGACGACGGAGCAUUAAUUCUGACACUGACCCCUGGCCCGCCGCAGCCUCCACCUCCUCCGCCUCCUCCGCCUCCUCCCAGGCGCACUAUCGACUCUCCGCCUUUGGGCAACAGUUUUUAUUUAAUCUCACAGCCCAUGCCGGAUUUAUCGCCCCACUUUUCACUGUCACCCUCCUCGGAGAACCUGGGGUUAACCAAACAAAGUUUUAUGCCGAAGAGGACACUGAGCUCAAGCACUGCUUCUAUAGAGGACAUGUCAAUACCAAGUCCGAGCACACGGCUGUAAUAAGUCUCUGUUCUGGAAUGGUAAGUGCUCCCUUCCUUCCCUCCCGGCCUCCCUCCUUCUCCCUAACGACUCCAGAUCUGCUCCGAUGUGGCUUAAACUUAAAGAGAUACAGCCCAACUGACUCCUACUCGGCACUGAACUUCUGCCUGGGAGCAUCCAGAACCCGAGGAGGAUUGAUGGGUUCAGGGCGGGGAGGGACCCGAGGAGUAAGAGAGGGGGCGGGGCGGGAAGGGGCUUGCCCGGGGCCCGGGGGGAGGAGCCCGUCCCGGACGCGUUUAAUUAAGGUGGAGGCUUUGGGACAGCCUCCGCUGUCUGCCGGGGGGCACCCUGUACUCAAUCGGCGGGACUCUGGGAAGAGUGGCCCUCCUGUGAGGUUUUUUUGGGGGGCGCGGUUUCCCCCGAGUUCCUUCAAGGGACUGGACACCCGCUGGAGACGGGAUGGGGGUGGGGGGGGCGGAGGGAGGCCGGGCCAGGAGGGGGAGCUGGAGUCUCAGGUUUCACUUGGGGAGGAGGAAGGGACUGCCGGCUCCCUGGGCAGGAGGCAGCUGCGCAUUUGCUGGGGUACUCUGCCCCCCGACCUGCAGGCCGCGGUGUAUAAAUUUGUUGGGAGUAGGGGGGUGAGGGGGUACUACUGUCCACUCAGAAUGGGCCGAACAGAUUUCGGGAUGAUGCAGGGAGGGAUAGUCUCCACAUCCCAGGACAGCGCACUUAGUGACGCAGAAAGUUUUCUGGGUGGCAUUCUGCUAUCGUACUACACGUUGGGUGAGGACCCCCUGGUCCCCUUUCCUAAGCCGAGGAGCGACCGCCUGCAGCAGCAGCAGCAGCCAGACGCCUGGAGUUGUUGUGAUUGUGUUUGGGUGGGCGGAGACGGGAGUUGGGCGCUGAAGGGGGUAGUAGUUGAUGUGAGCAGCCUAGCAGUCAUUGGAUCCUCCAGUUGCUUCUGCUCCCCUUCUUUGAAUUCAGAUGCAGGAGGCUCAGAACAGUUGGAAAGAACCAUGGAAUAUGGCACAAUCCAUCAGCAGCCGUUGAAGGGAUGGACAAGCAGCAGGUCAUGGAAACCGCUGAAACAAGAACACAAACAUGGCGGCAGAAAAAAUAGGAAGAAGACUCUCACAAGAAAAUGGCAAGACAGGGGCAUGCUGUCGGAUGAUGUGGAGAUCUUAAAAAGCAGCUUGGCAGCAAAACCCUUUUCUGCCCAUGGUAACAAGACUGAGAGCACGAACGGGAGGAAGAGCCACAGGAGGACGAAACGCUUUUUGUCCUAUCCUCGGUUUGUGGAAGUCAUGGUGGUUGCGGAUAGCAGAAUGGUUGCCUAUCACGGAGCUAAUCUGCAACACUAUGUUUUAACAUUAAUGUCAAUAAUAAAUUGGAUCCUUCGUACUCACUGCAGUGCCAAGUGUGGCUGCAAUGCUGAGAUUCUGAGGAGGGUGGAGAAAAGAGAAGAUGAGAGGGAGAAAUUUGACCCUCCUAUCGUUAUCCCUCCCACUCAUAGGAUAAUAAAGCGAUUAGCCAUAGAAUUUAACAUGCCUCAUGAUGACAACAAUAAGUGUAAAGAAGAAGGAGUUAAAAGUCCACAGCAUGUCAUGGCACCAACGUUGAAUGUCUACACCAACCCCUGGAUGUGGUCCAAGUGUAGCCGGAAGUACAUUACUGAGUUCUUGGACACUGGUUAUGGAGAGUGUUUGCUCAAUGAGCCCGAGUCCAGGACCUACCCUCUGCCUCCGCAACUGCCCGGCCUCCUGUACAACGUGAACAAGCAAUGCGAAUUGAUUUUUGGACCCGGAUCCCAGGUGUGCCCGUACAUGAUGCAAUGCAGAAGACUCUGGUGCAUUAAUAUAGAUGGUGCCCACAAAGGAUGCAGGACCCAGCACACGCCCUGGGCUGAUGGGACCGAGUGUGAACCUGGAAAGCACUGCAAGUAUGGAUUUUGUGUUCUCAAAGAACUGGAGGGGCCACGGACAGAUGGAUCAUGGGGGAAUUGGAGUCACUUUGGGACCUGCUCGAGGACCUGCGGUGGUGGCAUCAAAACAGCCACGCGAGAGUGCAACAGACCUGAACCUCGAAAUGGAGGGAGGUACUGCACAGGUCGCAGAAUGAAGUUUAAAUCCUGCAACACUGAACCAUGUCCUCAUCAGAGGAGGGAUUUCCGGGAUGAGCAAUGUGCCCAUUUUGAUGGAAAGCAUUUCAACAUCAACGGCCUCCUUCCUAAUGUGCGCUGGGUUCCAAAAUACAGUGGAAUUUUAAUGAAAGACCGGUGCAAGCUGUUCUGUAGGGUAGCAGGAAAUACAGCCUACUAUCAGCUCCGAGACCGGGUGGUAGACGGCACUCCCUGUGGACAAGACACCAAUGAUAUCUGUGUUCAAGGACUUUGUAGGCAAGCUGGAUGUGAUCAUGUGUUAAACUCAAAGGCGAGAAGAGAUAAAUGUGGGGUUUGCGGUGGCGAUAACUCUUCGUGCAAAACUGUGGCAGGAACGUUUAACACAGUGCAUUAUGGUUAUAACACUGUGGUCCGGAUUCCAGUGGGUGCUACCAAUAUUGAUGUACGACAACACAGCUUCUCAGGGAAGGCAGAAGAUGACAAUUACCUAGCAUUAUCCAGCAGCCAAGGAGAAUUCUUACUCAAUGGAGACUUUGUCGUAACUAUGUCCAAAAAGGAAAUCAGAAUUGGGAAUGCCGUCAUCGAGUAUAGCGGCUCGGACAAUGCAGUGGAGAGGAUCAAUUCAACAGAUCGCAUUGAACAAGAGAUUUUGCUUCAGGUCCUCUCAGUGGGUAAUUUGUAUAAUCCUGAUGUACGUUACACAUUCAAUAUUCCAAUUGAAGACAGCCCUCAGCACUUCUACUGGAACAGUUAUGGGCCCUGGCAGGCAUGCAGUAGACUCUGCCAAGGAGAACGGAAGAGAAAACCCGUCUGCACCAGAGAAUCUGAUCAGCUCACAGUUUCAGAUCAAAGGUGUGAUCGGAUUCCUCAGCCAGAGCCAGUCACGGAACCCUGUGGCACCGAGUGCGAAUUAAGAUGGCACAUUGCUGGCAAGAGCGAGUGCAGUGCCCAGUGUGGCCUGGGUUACCGAACACUAGAAAUCUACUGCGCCAAGUACAACAGGCCUGAAGGGAAGACGGAGAAAGUAGACGACAGCUUCUGCAGCAGCCACCCCAAACCGAGCAACCGAGAAAAAUGCACUGGAGAGUGUAACACAGGAGGUUGGCGGUACACAGAUUGGACAGAAUGUUCCAAGAGUUGUGAUAGCGGAACCCAGAGAAGAAGAGCGAUCUGUGUGAGCCCUCACAAUGAUGUGCUGGAUGAUAGUAAAUGCAGACACCAGGAAAAGCUCACCAUCCAGAGAUGUAAUGAGUUCCUCUGUCCACAGUGGAAAUCAGGAGAUUGGUCAGAGUGCUUGGUCACUUGUGGGAAGGGGCAUAAACACCGCCAGGUCUGGUGUCAGUUUGGCGAAGAACGACUGAACGACAGACUCUGCGACCUUGCCACCAAGCCCGACUCGGUGCAGACCUGUCAGCAGCAGGAAUGUGCAUCCUGGCAAGUAGGGCCGUGGGGACAGUGCAGUGUGACUUGUGGCCAAGGUUACCAGAUGCGAGCCGUCAAAUGUGUCCGUGGAGCUUAUUUGUCUGUGGUUGAUGACAGCGAAUGCAAUGCGGCCACCCGACCAACAGACACCCUGGACUGUGAAUUAGUGCCUUGUCAACCUCCACCAGCUGCCCCAGAAGCAAGAAGAAGCACUCACGUUCAAAGGACCCAGUGGAGAUUUGGAUCUUGGACUCCAUGCUCGGCAACAUGUGGAAAAGGAACCCGGAUGAGAUAUGUCAGCUGUAGGGAUGAUGAGGGCUCCGUGGCAGAUGAGGAAGCCUGUUCUACCCUCCCUAGGCCAUCAGCAAAAGAAGUGUGCGCCGUGACCCCUUGUGGGCAGUGGAAGGCCUUGGAUUGGAGCCCUUGCUCCGUGUCCUGUGGACAAGGUAGGGCAACUCGGCAGGUGGUUUGUGUCAACUACAGCAACCAGGUAGUUGAUCAGAGUGAGUGCGACUUGGAUUAUAUCCCCGAAACGGAACAGGACUGCUCCAUGUCACCCUGCCCACGCCGGAGCCAUGACCGGGACCUACCCCAGCACCCCUUCCAAAACAAGGACUACCGCCCCAGAAGCGCCAACCCCAGCCGCACCCACGUGCUUGGCGGCAAUCAGUGGAGAACCGGACCCUGGGGGGCAUGCUCCAGUACAUGUGCUGGUGGGUUCCAGCGGCGAGUCGUCGUCUGCCAAGACGAGAAUGGAUAUGCUGCAAAUGAUUGUGUGGAGAGACUGAAACCCGACGAGCAGAGGUCGUGUGAAUCUGGCCCCUGUCCUCAGUGGGCUUACGGCAACUGGGGAGAGUGCACCAAGCCAUGUGGAGGAGGAACACGGACAAGACUGGUGGCCUGCCAGCGCCCAGAUGGGGAAAGAUUCACGGACCUGAGUUGUGAAAUUCUGGAUAAGCCACCAGAUCGCGAGCAGUGCAAUACUCAUGCUUGUCCUCAAGAUGCAAGAUGGAAUUCUGGCCCUUGGAGCUCGUGCUCUGUCUCUUGUGGUCGGGGGCAUAAACAACGAAAUGUGUACUGCAUGGCAAAAGAUGGAAACCAUUUAGAAAGUGAUUACUGUAAACAUCUGGCUAAACCUAAUGGGCAAAGAAAGUGCAGAGGAGGAAGAUGUCCCAAGUGGAAGGCUGGAGCCUGGAGCCAGUGCUCUGUGUCCUGUGGCCAGGGAGUCCAGCAGAGGAAUGUGGAUUGCCGGACCGGAGCCCACAAAACGAGGGAGAGCGAAUGCAACCUGUACACCAGACCUGUGUCAGAGCAAACCUGCCUCUCCCCGGCGUGUCCCCUGUACACUUGGAGGACGGAGGAAUGGCAAAGUUGCACAAAGACUUGUGGAGAAGGUUCCAGGUACAGAAAGGUGGUGUGUGUGGAUGAAAACAAGGUCGAGAACCACAGCUUGCACUGUGACCCGAGCAAGCGACCAGCAGACCGAGAAAGCUGCAGUCUGCAGCCCUGCGAGUACAUCUGGAUCACUGGCGAAUGGUCAGAGGUAUCUCUCCGGGGCAGAUCUCAGAGGAGGUUGGGCAUGGGGUCAGAAAGGCCAGAGGCGUCAGGGUCAAGUCUUACCUGUUUAGGUAAAGCAACAUUUCUGCCACUCACAGGGAGACCUGCAGGAAGCCUCUUUGUUCCUUUCUCCUUCCUCAGGAAAAGUCAGGAUGGCACCAAAGUCACAGGGAAAUGUGGUGGAUACUGUGGGAAAUGCACACCAUCCUCUGGAACUGGCCUGGAGGUGCGAGUGCUCUAACAAUGGUGCUUUAAAAAGGAAAUCAUUAUGGGAUGGAUGAAGGAUCAUAAUGCAAUACCUCCACCUUAAAUUUGUUUGUGUGUGUGCAUGAAGACUUGUGUGUGUGAGAGCGUGUG